AUGACCCUCGCCAUCCACGCACUGGCCUGUAUAUUUGGCACAGGCUCAUGGGUUGCCAUCAAUGGUCUAUGGGUGGAGCUUCCACUUAUUGUGAACGUGUUGCCUGAAGGCUGGGACUUGCCCUCUUACCUCACUGUCAUCAUUCAACUGGCCAAUGUGGGACCUCUGUUUGUCACUCUCAUGCACAAGUUUGCACCAGGGAAGAUGAAAGAGAUUGUUGCCAUCUACAUUAUUAUCAGCAUCGGGAUCAUGGCCAGCUUACUGAUGGUAUUCUUCUGGAAGAAAACCACGCUACUGGAAGGUACACCUCACAGUACAGUGUUUCUUAUACUGGCCUUCUUUUUGUCACUAGUAGACUGUACAUCAUCUGUGACCUUUCUGCCUUUCAUGAUGAGACUCCCAACAAAGUACAUGACUACCUAUUUCAUUGGAGAGGGCCUGAGUGGCUUUAUCCCUGGUCUUGUGGCAUUAGGCCAGGGUGUUGGGAUGAUCAAGUGUGUGAAUGUUUCAAAACCAGUUAAUGUGACCAUUGAUAAUUUCACAGAGGGGGCAAGUAUUUACCAGAUUGAAACUCAUUACUCUCCUGCCAACUUCUCUACAGAAGCAUUCUUAGCUUUCCUCACAGUUAUGAUGGUUUUCUGCUUGGUGGCUUUUUUUCUCCUCACACGGAUUCCAUGUUUACCACACACGGAGCUUAAUGAAGAGCAAGUGUCUAACCAAAUGGUGCACGCCUCAACCACUGAAUUAGAACUGAAUAAAUACACCUCCGAGCGACCAACAGAUCCACAAAGCUUCAGCCUCAAUAGUCCUACAAAGGCAAUGGAUAAAGCUAUGUUCACAGCUGAAACACAAAAUGUGGCAACCAGUACAUUCAUUAAGUACUCCAAGCACCAGCUUUUCUUCAUUUAUUUUCUGGUUGCCUGGGUGAAUUCAUUGACCAAUGGUUUUCUACCAUCAGUGCAGACUUAUUCAUGCUUACCCUAUGGAAGCGUUGCUUACCACCUGUCUGCCGCUCUGAGUUCCAUGGCUAAUCCUGUCGCCUGCAUUAUUGCUUUGUUUUUACCCAACAGGUCCUUGGUGUUGCUGGGAUCCCUGUCUUUGGUUGGCACAGUGUUUGGUGCCUAUAACAUGGCAAUGGCUGCCUUGAGCCCCUGUCCUUUACUGCAACAUUCGGAAGCUGGAGCGUUCCUGAUUGUCCUUUCGUGGAUUUUGUUUUCCGGGACCUUGUCAUACGUCAAGGUCAUGAUUGGAGUGAUUUUUCGCGAUAAGAGUCACAGCGCCCUCGUGUGGUGUGGAGCAGCAGUGCAGCUGGGAUCCAUGUGUGGCGCCUUGACCAUGUUCCCGCUCGUAAACGUGUAUGACAUUUUCAAGGCCGGGGACAGCUGCAACAUGAAUUGCCCCUUCUAA